GCCACCAGAAAAACGGAAAGCACAGGGCGGACGUCCAGAUAUCUGCUACAAAUAUUCCUACCCGCCUGCAUCUCCAUCCUACUCAUCCACUUCCGCGGCGGUGCUACGAUACGAGUGGUACAGCAAUGUUGGCGAGUCGUGUUCCCCCUUUCACCCUCGCUGCACGCCAUCCGACAGCUUCGUCUCUCCCCGCAGCAUCAUCGAGGAGCUUGUGGACUUCCUCCUCCUCCUCCUCGUCACUCCUUGCCAUCCGUCGAACCAAUCUCUCCGCAUCCAUACAACCACGCAGCCUCCCCCUCCCCAUCGCGCGAUCAUUCAGCAACACAGCCAUCAUGGGUCGGAAGGAGACGGACGCCUUUGGCGAGGUCGAGGUGCCGGAUGACAAGUACUGGGGUGCGCAGACGCAGCGCUCGCUGGGCAACUUCAAGAUCAAUCAGCCGCAAGACCGCAUGCCGCCGCCAAUUGUCCGCGCAUUCGGUAUCUUGAAGGGCGCGGCGGCGACGGUGAAUAUGAAAUACGGGCUUGACCCCAAGCUCGGCAAGGCCAUCCAACAGGCUGCUUCCGAAGUGGCAUCGCUCAAACUCGUCGAGCACUUCCCGCUCGUCGUCUGGCAAACCGGCUCGGGCACGCAAUCCAACAUGAACUCCAACGAGGUCAUCUCCAACCGCGCCAUCGAAAUCCUCGGCGGCACGAUGGGCAGCAAGAAGCCCGUCCAUCCCAACGACCACGUCAACAUGUCCGCCAGCUCCAACGACACCUUCCCCAGCGUCAUGUCCAUUGCCGCCGUGUUGGAAUUUGAGGAACAGCUCCUGCCCAGCUUGCGACAUCUCAAGGACGCCCUCAAGGCUAAAUCGCAGGAAUUCGACAAGAUCAUCAAGAUUGGCCGGACACAUUUGCAGGAUGCCACGCCAUUGACCCUCGGACAGGAGUUUUCGGGUUACGUGCAGCAGCUCGAGUACGGCAUCAAGCGUGUUGAGUCCAGCUUGCCCCGCUUGCGAGAGCUCGCACAAGGUGGCACGGCCGUGGGAACGGGACUGAACACAUUCAAGGGCUUUGCGGAAGAAAUUGCAGCGGAAGUGAGCAAGAUGACGGGCCACGAGUUCAUCACCGCGCCCAACAAAUUCGAGUCUCUAGCUGCGCACGAUGCGAUUGUGGAGGCACAUGGCCAGCUCAACACCUUGGCAACAUCACUGUUCAAGAUUGCCCAAGAUAUACGUUUCCUCGGCUCCGGACCGCGCUGCGGCCUCGGCGAGCUCAAUCUGCCCGAGAACGAACCGGGAAGCUCAAUCAUGCCGGGCAAAGUGAACCCGACGCAAUGCGAGAGCUUGACGAUGAUUUGCUGCCAGGUCUUUGGCAAUCAAACCGCCGUCACCUUUGCCGGCUCGCAGGGCAACUUCGAACUCAACGUCUUCAAGCCGGUGAUGAUUCGCAAUCUUUUGCAUAGCAGCCGCCUGCUCACCGACGGGAUGAACAGUUUCCGCGAGCACUUGGUGGAGGGCAUGGAAGCCAACGAGGAACGCAUUGGAGCACUGUUGAAGGAGAGUCUGAUGCUGGUUACUUGUCUGAACCCCGUGAUUGGGUAUGACAUGGCGAGCAAGGUCGCGAAGAAUGCACACAAGAAAGGUUUGACGUUGAAGGAGAGUGCGAUGGAGAUGGAGGCAUUGAGUUCGGAGAAGUUUGACGAGAUUGUGCGGCCCGAGUUGAUGAUUGCCCCGGCGGAGAAGAAGUGAUUUGAUCCAGGUACAUAGAAUUCUCCUUCUGCUAUACCGUAGACUGGACGUCUGCAAUGGAAUCCACAGUCUAUACACGGAAAAGAG